CAAGAUUUACUGCAAAUAUUUUAAUACAAUAAGAACAUUGAAGACAAGUGGGUUGAUAACUAAAAAUACUAAUAAGAGACAAAUGAUCAAAUCAUCCAAUAGUAACUUUUUUAGUCGAUGGGAUAGUAAUAAUUAUGAAUCUGAAGAAGAUAUAAAUUUAGUUUUAAACCAAAUUAGACAUGAUAACUGCAAUUUACCAGACCUUGAACGUCAUUGGAGUGCAACAGUGAACUAUCGAUUAAAUACAAUUAAAAAGGCCACAUCUACUCAAGAAAUCAUUAAAGAAUGGCCAAGCUAUAUGAUACCAAUGGGAUAUAAAUUAAUUGAUAUCGAUUUUAAAGCACUUUAUCCUAAUUGUUUUAAUAUUCUUGGCAACUAUGAAUUAAAAUUGGAAAAAAUGUUUGGUGCUCUGAUGACCAAAGUCAAAGAUUUCAACUCUCGGAAUAUGUUAACAAGUCUUACAGAUAUCGAAAACCCUAGUGAAAAUGUUAAACAAGCUGUAACAUUUUAUUUAUUACACUCGAUGUUUGUUCCUACAUCUAAGAAAGUGACGAUCGACGACAGAGGAAAAAAAAAUAUUAUUAAAUACUCAAUAAAAGAUUCCCAAAAUACCUUUAUAGUAUUUUGUAGUACUCUGACAAUGACCGAAGAGUAUAUUACUAAUCGUAAUAAUCUUAAAUUACCAAUUCAGCCCUUUAUUUUAAUCGUUGGUACACCACUAGAACCAAAGGAAAUUAUUGUUUAUUUUGAUUCAAUUAAAUUUAAAGUUUUUACAAUAAUUAGAGCAAUAGAUUUAUGCUUUAAAAUAUUCCAUCUAUUUAAUUUAGAAUAUCCUAUUGAAUCUGGUGCGGUUUGGCUUUUCAUUCAGAAAUAUUUAUACUCAAUUAAUACAAAAUUUGAUAAGUCUCACCCGAAUUUAAACCAAAUAAUUUACGAUUUAGAAAAUAAUCUAUAA